CGAGUGCAUGAAUGCGGCGGCUCCCGCACGUUCCCGUCACGCACCGUGAGCGCGAGCGCUGCUGCUGGAGUCGGUGUGUCACGAGCGUGGACGUUACAGAGGGGAGUCGUCAUGAAUUACCUGCGCAGGCGUCUGUCCGACAGCAGUUUUGUAGCCAAUCUGCCCAACGGCUACAUGAUGGACCUGCAGCGUCCGUCCAGCUCCAGCUCCAGCAGCUCUCCAGCGUCUCCAGCCACAGAGCGCCGCCCGACCCCUGCUUCGGCUCCAGCUCCGGCUCCGGCUCCGGCUUCGGCUCCGACUUCGGCUCCAGCUCCGGCUCCAGCUCCGGCCCCGGCCCCCGGGGGCUUCCUCAGCUCCUUCUCCAGCGUGGUGAAGACGGCUCAGAUCGCCAGCGCUGUCCAUGCCAAAGCCUCCGCCGCACACACAGACGCCGCUAAACCCAGCGCACGCAAACCUAAAGUCCUGCUGGUCAUCGACGAGCCGCACACAGACUGGGUGAAGUACUUCAGAGGACGGAAGCUGAACGGAGAGUAUGAGAUCCGCGUUGAGCAGGCCGAGUUCUCGGAGAUCAAUCUGGUGUCGGAUGUGAACUCCGGCUGUACGGUGGACAUGCAGGUGAACCGCGGAGGAACUAAAGUAGUCAGAUCGUUCAGGCCAGACUUCGUGUUGAUCCGUCAGCACGCCUACAGCAUGACCCCGGGAGAGGACUUCAGGAACCUGGUGAUCGGCUUGAACUACGGCUCCGUUCCCAGCGUUAACUCGCUCUUCUCCAUCUACAACUUCUGCAGCAAACCCUGGGUGUUCUCUCACAUGAUCAAGCUCUACCAGACUCUGGGUCCAGACAAGUUCCCGCUCAACGAGCAAACCUUCUUCCCCAACCACACACAGAUGCUGCCCACCGCUUCAUUCCCAGUGGUGGUGAAGAUGGGACACGCCUACGCCGGCAUGGGCAAGAUAAAGGUGGAGACGGCCAGUGAUUUCCAGGACAUCACCAGUGUUGUGGCCAUCGCUAAAACCUACGCCACGGCUGAGCCCUUCGUCCUCUCCAAAUACGACAUCCGCAUCCAGAAGAUCGGCAGCAACUACAAGGCCUACAUGAGGACGUCUAUCUCAGGGAACUGGAAGGCCAACACAGGUUCAGCCAUGCUGGAGCAGAUCGCCAUGACGGACAGGUAUCGUCUCUGGGUGGACUCGUGCGCGGAGAUGUUCGGAGGACUGGACAUCUGUGCGGUCAAAGCCGUCCACGGCAAAGACGGCAAGGACUACAUCAUAGAGGUGAUGGACAGCUCGAUGCCUCUGAUCGGAGAGCACGUGGAGGAGGACCGUCAGCUCAUCUGUGAUCUGGUCAUCAGUAAGAUGGCCUUCGCUCUGCUGGGAGUGACCACACCACAAACAUCCGUGAAGACUCAACCUGCACCGCAGACGACUCAACCGAGACGAGCUCCAGGCGGUCCUCACUCAGGCUCUGGUUCUCCGUCUCAGUCGGGUCAGGCCUCUCCGCAGCGAGCCCGAUCUGCUUCUACUUCUCCCAGUCAGGCCUUCCAGCCCGGACCCAUUCCCUCCAGCGGAGCCGGAUCCCAGAAACAACCUCCGCAGCUCAAUAAAUCACAGUCACUGACCAACACCUUCAGCGAGACGCUGCGUGGAAACACAACAGACGACGAGGCCAAAGCAGAAACCAUCCGCAGCCUCCGCCAGUCCUUCGCCAGCCUGUUCUCCGACUAACACACACACACACACACACACACACACACACACACUCACACACACACACACACACUCACUCACUCACACACACACACACACACUCACUAACACACACACACGCACGCA